AUGACCACCAACCUCUACGCCGUCGCCGGCCCCUCCACCCACCCCUCCCCCGAAGAACCCGCCUCCCCCCUCCGCUCCAUCCCCUCCCUGCCGGCGAACCACCCGUCGCUCGCAGUAUCGACCUCGGCCGUGCCCGGGGUGGGCGUCUCCAAGCCGGGUUUGAGCGUGGAUGAGCAUGGGGAGGUGUUGAAGGUACCGGCGUUUCUGAAUAAGCUGUACACGAUGGUUAGUGAUGAGACGGUCAAUGAGUUGAUCUAUUGGGGGGAUAAUGGGGAUUCGUUUUUUGUACCGAAUUCAGAACAGUUUGGGAGGGAGCUGCUACCUAGAUGGUUCAAGCACUCCAACUUUUCCAGUUUCGUACGCCAGCUCAACAUGUACGGGUUUCACAAAGUCCCGCACCUCCAAUCCGGCGCCCUCAAAACCGAAACCCCCGUCGAGCUCUGGGAAUUCGCCAACCCCUACUUCAAACGCGGCCAACCGCAGCUGCUGGCCAAAGUGACGCGCAAGAACAACAGACCGUCGACGUCUGCCCCGACGGCGACCUCGCCCGUCGUCCCCGGCGUAUCUACACGGUCCUCUGCUGCGCCGGCGCUCCCGCCUCAAGGUGGUGGGGGAAAGUAUCUGAUUACGGAUGGGACGACGGAGGGGGAGAAUACGGCGCUGGUGGCUCCUAAUCAGAUGAUUGACUUGUCUGCGAUCCAGAAUGGGAUUGCCGCUAUUCGGCAAACGCAAUCGACCAUCUCGGCCGACCUGCGCAAGUUGCAAGCUUCCAACGAAGCCCUCUGGCGGCAGGCAUACGAGACGCAAGAGAAGCAGCGAAAGCACGAAGAGACGAUUGAUCUGAUCGUGUCCUUCUUGGAGAGAUUGUUUGGGACGGAAGGGGAGGGGCUGAAGGGGCUGAAAGAGGCGAUGAGGAGGGGGGUGGGGGCGAGGCAGGGGAGGGAUAGGGAGGGUAGUGAUGGGGCGGAGGAGGCGCAGGGGAGUGCGAAGAAAAGGAGGAGGGUGGGGUUGGAGAGGAUGAUUUCGAAUAGGUCGCCGGUGGAGGAUGAUGAUGAUGAUGAUCGGCUUGUUGAAAUUGGUUCUUCAGUGCCACUGGACAGCCCCUCAGCGUCGGGGAGAUUCCAAUCCCUCCCUUCGGAAGACUCCAGACCCACCCCCGGACCCACUUCGUCCGACCCGACAUUAGGCAUCAACGCCCUAUCCCCCAUGUCAGACUUUGACCCCCUCCAGCCGAGCAACAACAACGCGCUCGCGCCAUACUACUCUCUCCCUCCACCCACAUCAUCCGCCUACCCACAACCACAGAACCAGAACCAGAACCAAAAGCAGAGCGUCCAAGAGCAAUCCAACUUAUCUGCCCCCCUUCUGUCGCCGACGACGACGUCUUCGCUCGCUUCGUCGCUCAACCUCGACCCGGUGCUGUUGCAGACGACGAUAGGCUCGCUUUUACAGAGUCCUGCGGCGGCGCAGAUGUUUUUGAAUAGUCUGAAUGCGAGUGCGCAGGGGCAAGCUGUGAAUGGCGGUGGACGUUCAGCGAACGGAGGCGGAGGUGCCGCGGGGCAGGAUCCCACACUGGCGCUCUUCUCCCCUUUACCCCAGGCAAAUCAACCCAACCCUUCUUCAUCCCUCUCCCACGCCCAGCCCUCAUCUUUUUCUCAAAGCCAAAACCAGAGCCAAGCGCUGCUGCAACAGAAUUCAGAGCUGCUCAAGUCUUACCAAGAUGCGCUAGGCGUGUCGGACGGGUUGGACGGGUUGCAGGGGAGUAUUGAUGAGCUCGUCAGGUCUAUGGGGCUGGACCUACCUACUGCGGAUGGGAGUUUGUCUGGGACCGAGUCAGGGUUGGGACAGGGGCAAGGGGUGGGACAGGGGGUGGGUGCGGAUGGAGGGGCAGGAGGAGAAGAUUUCAACGUAGACGAGUUUUUGGAAAGUUUGGGUAAGGAGGAAGAUGAUCCCCUGGCGGGGGCUGUGGCUGUUCCCCAACCCGAUGCCCCCGGGGCGGGUAUCACAAAGGUUGAGAGAGAGUAA